AUGGAGGAAGAGGAGGCCGUGGGGGGGAAGACGAAGCAGUUCUCUAGUGUGGUCGGCAUGGGCGCCGGGGGCGGCCCCGCCGGGGCGGGGGUGGACCCCGAGCGCGGCCGCUUCCCCUUCUGCGUCGUGUGGACGCCUAUCCCCGUGCUCACAUGGCUCUUCCCCAUCAUCGGUCACAUGGGCAUUUGUACAUCGGCUGGAGUCAUCCGAGACUUUGCAGGGCCUUAUUAUGUCUCUGAAGACAGCAUGGCUUUUGGGAAGCCUGUGAAAUACUGGAAGCUGGAUCCCAACAAAGUAUAUUCCUGUGGCCCCAAUGCCUGGGACACUGCAGUCCACGAUGCCUCUGAGGAGUACAAGCAUCGUAUGCACAACCUCUGCUGCGACAACUGCCAUUCACAUGUUGCACUGGCCUUAAACCUCAUGCGCUACGACAACAGCAGCUCCUGGAACAUGAUCAAACUAUGCUUCCUCUCCCUGUUAUACAGCAAGUACGUCAGCAUAGGGGGAUUUGUGAAGACCUGGCUUCCCUUCAUCCUCUUUUUGGGGAUUGUCCUGACAGUCAGCCUUACCCUUCACCUACGGUAAUGGAUGUCCCCUGCCAUCAGCGCUGAAAACUGUGGGCCAUUCAAUCCAACAGGG